AUGGAAGCCCACCAAGAAGCAGUAGCGCAUAUAUCCUCUCAAAUCUUCAGCUUCCACCAAAAACAAGUGCCUUUCCGCCUAUACCAUGGCUCAACAAACUCAACCCAGAGUCGCAAAAUCGACCCAGAACGUAUGGUCGACACUUCACAGCUCAAUCAUGUGCUCAAGAUCGAUGACAAAAGCAAGACAUGUCUGGUCGAGCCGAACGUACCAAUGGACCGACUUGUGGACGCCGUCAUGCCUUACGGACUUGUACCUCCGGUAGUGAUGGAGUUCCCAGGUAUCACGGUCGGUGGCGGCUUCGCAGGGACUGCAGGCGAGAGCUCUGGCUUCAAGUAUGGGUUCUUCGAUAGUACCGUAAACUGGAUCGAGAUCGUGCUGGCCACUGGUGAGAUUGUGACCGCGUCUCCGACUGAACACUCGGAUCUGUUUUAUGCUGCGGCAGGCACCUUCGGAACUCUUGGCGUGACAGUCCUACUAGAGCUACAGCUCAUCGAUGCAAAGCAGUACGUCGAGCUGACGUAUCAGCCUACCUCGAGCAUUAAAGAGACCUUGGCCGCACUGAAGGCUGCAUGCGAAGCCGAAACCAACGACUAUGUCGAUGGUAUCAUGCUUGCAAAAGACCGCGGUGUCAUCAUUAGCGGAAAGCUCACAGACGAGGUCGCCAGCCGUACCAGAACACAGCGAUUCGCGCGAGCUACGGAUCCCUGGCAUUACAUACAUGCGGACCGAAUCACUCGCGGUAGCCUUGAAGCAGUGAAAGAGGCUACACCCUUGCGAGACUACCUCUUCCGCUAUGAUCGAGGCGCCUUUUGGACGGGACGGUAUGCCUUCAAGUACUUUCUGGUCCCCUUCAACCGCAUCACCCGUUACCUUCUGGACUACUUCAUGCAUACGAGGGUCAUGUACCAUGCCCUACAUGCAUCUGGCCAUGCCAAGAAGUACAUGAUUCAAGACUUGCUCCUGCCCAAAGCGUCCGCUGAGAAGUUCAUCGAAUAUGUCAGCAAUGAGUUCGACUUCUGGCCACUGUGGCUCUGCCCUUUCCAGCCAAAGCAGGAGCUUGCACUGCAUCCUAGACAUGAUGAUAUACGAAAGGAAGAGAAAGGCGACUCGCUUUACGUCAACAUCGGAGUAUGGGGACCAGGCUCUACGACAUAUUCCCGCUUCGUCGAGCAGAACCGCCUGCUCGAGAGCAAGGUGUGUGAGCUUGGCGGCGUGAAAUGGCUGUACGCCCAGCAGUACUAUACCGAGGACGAGUUUGACUCGAUAUAUGACCGUGAAUGGUACAACGAUCUCCGAGAAAAGUACAAUGCAACGUAUCUGCCCACUGUGUUCGAGAAGACAAAGGUCGACCUGUCGCAAUCAGACAGCGAUACAACGACAUGGUCAGGAUGGCUUCGCAAUGUGAUAUGGAAUACUUGGCCAUUCUCUGGACUGUAUGGUGUAUUCAGGACGCUAUCAGCAAGAGACUACCUACUGCUCAAACAGAAAUAA